AUGGAGGAUAUAUCCUAUAAAGAAAAAGGUACAUAUGUCACAAACGAAAUAAGACAAGAUGCCGAUGUCGGUCAACUUGAGGAAUAUCGUGCUACUCCCGUAGAGGAGCGCAAAGUUUUAAGGAAAUUGGACAUUUUCCUCCUUCCAACUAUAGGACUUUGUUAUAUGCUUCAGUAUAUGGAUAAGCUCGCACUGAGCCAAGUAACACCCCUCAGGUUGCAGAAAGACCUCAGUAUUCUUGAAGGGCCUUGUAGGUCAACAAUAAACGUGGUGCUCCGCUAUCUUCUACUUUGGGUAUCUGGCCUGGAGUUGACCAACAUCAUAUUUGAUUGUUCGUCUUCCACUUGGGAAGUACUUGGCUGUUUCUGUUUAAGUGAAGUCCCAGACCAUGGGAGUCAGUUGACUUAUGCUCUUUAUUACAGGUUUUUAUGGGGUGGAAUAUUGAUGUGCCAUGCGGCAUGCAAGAGCUAUGGCGGUUUUAUCACGCAUCUUAGUCAAGGCAAUCUUGACUCAAGUAUCGAGAAAUGGCGUCUGUUGUUUCUUAUCUUAGGAGCUGUUACGUCUGGAUAUGCCGUACUUCUUUUCUCCGUUCUGGCUGAUUCUCCGGCUACAGCCUCAUUCCUCACACCGAUUGAACGCACAAUUGAAGCUCAACGAACACUUAAAGCUUUCCAGUGGUCUCAGGUUUGGGAGGCUGCGCGGGAUCCGCAAGUAUUGUGUCUCGUGAUUUACACAUUCUUAGUCAAUAUCGGCAAUGGUGGACUUACCAGCGUGAGUACAGUUGUCCAUAAUCUAAAUGCUGUUUGA